AUGGUCUGGACAAUCAUAGUCACAUUGACUAUUUUGCUGGUGUCGUUGCCUCAAGCAACUUCACAAAGCAGUGGCGUAACAUGCAUGGCUUCGUUCAGUUGGGCGUCCAACUCGCUCAAACAAAGUCCAUGCUUGGUCGCUGCCUAUCUCCUUGGUACAUGCAGUGGUGGAGCGCAUGAAGUCCCACCUCUUCCCGAUAAUAAGCACUACGUUGGCCCCACCACCGCCACGGCUGACGCUUGCCAGUGCAAUACUGUUGUUUAUUCCCUCAUGAGUGCAUGUGGUGAAUGUCAGAACCGAACCAUAUCUGGAUGGGGAGAGUGGUCAGCGAAUUGCCCACACGUCGAUAUCAACGUAUUCCCAGGCGAGAUUCCCGCUGGUACCAGAGUACCAGGUUGGGCUUACUUAGACGUCAAGGUGCUCAAGAACAUACUUGAAUCUGUCAAUCUGGCUCAUUCUCUGGUUGGCAUACAGGCUAACGAUGCAUUCGACGACAACUUGGCUAAAGCAAAUGCCAAUAGCACCGAGUCGGCAGCAUCCCAACCAACUUCGUCGUCGACGUCGUCUUCGAGGCACUCCGCAACCAGCUCUGUACGCACCUCAUCCACUUCCUCAGCGGCACCCUCGCCUAUUUCUACGUCUGCUCCAACCGCGACAAAUGCAUCGUCGUCCUCCGCGACAUCCGACAACAGCCAUCGCAUUGAUCAAAUCAUAGGUGGAACCAUUGGCGGCGUCUUUGCUCUAGGGAUCCUUGGUUUCAUUUGGCUUUAUUUCUUCCGAAAACGCAGAGACUCCGUAGGUCAACAGCAACUUGAAUCACAAACGACGAGUCAGGAGCAAGUUGAUAUACCAGAAAUGAAAGGACCACCCGCUCCAGCAACCGUCGUCUCACCGGAUAUCGUCGUUGAUGGAAAUACCAAGAAACACUAG